AUGUCGUCGGGCGAAUUCCAACAAGGUUCAAGUUCAAGUCCACAACUGAUCGCAAGCUCGUCUCGGUCUUCAUCCUCCCAGUUGAUACAAGAAACACCUCGUAUAACACGACAAAACAGCUUACAAUCAUCAGAAGCGGAAGUUUGGUACUUGAAGGACAUAGAGUUCGGAGAGGACGACGCAAAGAGGAGGGUUAAGGUCAUUACACAGAAUUUUAACGGGCCAUGUUCAUUCAUUGCGAUAUGCAAUAUCUUAAUUCUUAGCCGGAUGAUCCACAUUGAACCACCAACCCGCCAAACAGUAUCUUAUGAGUUUCUGUCUCAUCUAGUCGCUGAGUAUCUGUUACUCCACUGCCCGGAGGUAGAUGUUUCUGCCGCACUAUCCAUUAUGCCACACACGCAAAAGGGUAUGGAUUUAAAUCCUUUAUUCACGGGGUGCAAAUUAUUUCGUCCUGAAGGCCUUGGCGGCGAACUUAAACUCUUCGAGCAAGUCGGUAUUGACCUUUUACAUGGCUGGGUAGUUGAUCCAGAGAACGAAGAGGCCAAAGUACUCUCAAAGACGGAAGACUAUGACAGCGCAGUUAUGCUUAUCGCGGAUGCAGACCAUAUCAUGAAGGGGCAAUUGGUCGUACAGGACGAUGAAGUUCCACAGGCUGGCGCGAGUAACCCGUCAAGCAAUUUGACGGACGAGGAACGCGUGAAAGUAGAAGACGCUAUUGUUGUACGACAGUUCAUCGAUAAUACCAAGUCCCAAAUGACAUAUCACGGGCUGUUCAAUCUCGCAACCGUCGUCAAACCCGGAUCACUGGUCGCCCUGUACCGCAACCUUCAUUUAUCAGUACUAUACAAACGACCUGGGCCCGACGAGUCGCUUUACACACUUGUUACGGACCAGGUCUUUCUUCACGAACCUUCCAUUGUUUGGGAGCGGUUGGAAGACGUUGAUGGCGGCUGGUCGACCUUUGUGGACUCAAACUUUAUCAAGUCGAGUCCCGCAGGCGGAGACUUCGCAGGACGCACGGCGGAGGAAGCUUUGAGAGCCGCGGAAAUUGAAGCCGGACAAUUUGUAGUGUCAGAGCCUGGAGAUCUUGACCUCGCCCGUCAAUUGCAAGCAGAAGAGGACGAUCACGCACGCUUUCAACGUGAGCAACAUUUGCGGGAAAAGAAUCGUCGGCGGCAGGAGGAGGAAGAGCGACUGCGCGAGAAACAAGAAAGGAAACAGAGAAAGAAGAAGGAUUGUGUUAUCAUGUAG